CGUUAGCCUUAGGAAUAAAGAGUAAGGUCUUAGGAAUAAAAGUGUUACGACGUUUCAAAAGACGAUGGCAGAAAAACAGGGUCCAUCUCCAGGGUACCAAGAGUCUAAUUCUGGGUACCCAAACCACCCUGGUUACCCACAAACAUAUCAGCCAAAACAAUCUGGUGCCUCGAAACCAAUAACUGUUCAGGUAGAAAAAGAAACUGAACAUGAUUCAACACACAGUAGUGGAGGUGGAUUUUUAAAUUCGUUAAAAUCUGGUGUGAAACAAGUAGGAAAACAACUUGGUAAAGAGAUAGAUUAUUGUUCUAAUAAACUCAAUACAGCUUUAGAUACCAAUGCUUCUGGGACAAUGUUGGAUAUGUUUAAAAAUGGUAAUGUGGUACAGCUAGUAUCACGAGCCAGUGGAAGAUGUCUACAGAUUGUAUCUUUACCUGAUAACUCACUUAUUGUUGAUGGACAUGGCCCGAGUGAUCCUAAGGCUUUCUUUACUCACUGGACAGUAGUUAAUGAGGGACAGAAUCAGGUUCGUCUUCACAACAACAACAACUAUCUUUGCAUCGCUAAUGGUCAUACUUGUUUAGCUCAUGUGGGACCAGGCGUUACUCAAGGUUUAGAAACUAAAUUCCAACUGACACAGACAAACCAGUUUGUAAUUUUUGAAUCUUUGAAAGAACGUCACCGCCAUAUUGGUAUAUUAUCUGAUGGUCAAUUAAAACCAGCAGUGGCUACAGGAAGAGAAGAUCAUGCUCAGUUUGGUGUUAAUGUUAUAUAUACACCCUACCCUACAUCUAAUGUUACAGUGGGCUGUGAAUCAAGAUUUAGUUUUGUUAGAAAUCUGAUUGUUUUCUCCUCUUUUACAAUAAACUAUAAUAAUCUUUCUGUAUUGUUCUCUUCUAUUCUUAUACAUGUAGUAAGUGGUUUGUUGAGCGGAAUAACAGGCAUAGUUUUUGUAUGGGUAUCGCAGGAUUGAUCUGUGCAUUUGCUAAGAAACUUCCAUUAGAUUCUCAAGUAACAUAUUUGUAAAUUAUAUAAAGGAUUAAGUUUUAUGUA